UUAUUUUAUUUUUGCCCCUUUAAUCAUAAAAUAGUCUCUCUUUUUUUCCACACACACAUUACACUUCUUUCUUUCUCGGUCUUUUUUCUUUCACUCUGGAAAAAACAAAAAACAAAAACAAAAAACACAGACCCAAAAAAAAAAAAAGAAAGAAAAAAAAAAACAUCAUCUGCAAAAGAGAAAAAGCAUGGAAUAGACGACAACAGGAAUGUCAAGUUUCUUCUGAGCCUCACAGAGACCCAGAGAGGGUGAGAGAGAGAGAGAGAAAGAGAGGAAAGAGAGAGAGAGAUCUUCGUCUCUCCCUCACAGUUUUUAGAGAGAGAAAUAAGAGAGAGAGAUAGAGAGGAGAGUGAUGGGUGGGGUUACUUCAUCCAUGGCUGCGAAAUUCGCUUUCUUUCCACCAAACCCACCUUCAUACAAAGUGAUUACUGACGAAGCCACUGGACUUUUGCUUCUUGACCCUUUUCCUCACCGUGAAAACGUCGACGUCUUGAAGCUUCCCACUCGCCGUGGUAAUGAGAUCGUGGCCGUUUAUGUUCGUUACCCUCUGGCCACCUCUACUCUUCUUUAUUCUCAUGGUAACGCAGCCGACAUUGGUCAAAUGUAUGAGCUUUUCGUCGAGUUGAGCCUCCAUUUGCGUGUCAAUCUGUUGGGGUAUGAUUACUCUGGCUAUGGGCAGUCAACAGGGAAGCCAAGUGAGCAGAAUACUUAUGCUGAUAUUGAAGCUGCAUAUAAGUGCCUUGAAGAAACCUAUGGUGCUAAGCAGGAAGAUAUAAUCCUUUAUGGUCAAUCUGUUGGAAGUGGACCUACUGUGGAUCUUUCUGCCCGGUUGCCUCGUCUAAGAGCUGUUGUUCUGCAUAGUCCCAUACUAUCAGGUCUAAGAGUCAUGUAUCCUGUGAAGCGCACAUACUGGUUUGACAUAUAUAAGAACAUUGAUAAAAUCCCUCUGGUAAAAUGUCCUGUGCUGGUAAUACAUGGAACAUCUGAUGAAGUUGUUGACUGCUCUCAUGGAAAGCAACUUUGGGAACUGUGUCAAGAGAAAUAUGAACCUUUAUGGCUCAAAGGUGGAAAUCACUGUGAUUUAGAACUCUAUCCAGAAUAUAUUAGGCAUCUCAAGAAGUUCAUACUUACUGUUGAAAAAUCACCUUCAAGAAGGUUUAAUUCAAGGAAGAGCACAGAUCGCGUUGAAUAUUCACGACGAAGUACUGAUUGUUUCGAGGCUCCAAGGAAGAGUACUGACCGGAGAGACAAACCAAGGAAAAGCAUUGAUAGGCCUGACAAGCUGAAAACAAACGAAUACAAGUUUAACAACAUGGACAAGUUAGAUAAGUUUAGAAUUUCUUUUGACCAGAUGGAGAAGUCACGGCGAAGUGUGGAGUAUCAUGAGAAAUCAAGAAAAAGCAUCGACCUACAGCUAGAGAAAGCAAGGAAGAGUGUUGAUUGGCUGGAUAGAAUUCGAGCUGGGUAAUUUUUUGAGUAGAAAAGUUGGUGCUCAUUGGAGGGGGACAAAGGUAUACAACAGGGAAAAUCAGGAAAUUGUUGGGGGGGUCUAACUUAUUUUUCAGGUUGAACAAAAAGAAAAACUUGCGGGUUUCAGAAUGGGUAUUAUGGUGUUCUUAAGUUUUAUAAUAACUAUGUCAUUGGCUUUGUAGAGUUUGAUAUUGGUGGUGGGGUUUGUUUUGUUGUCCUUUUAUUUGUUAGUGGAAAGAACUCUAACCUCUUUGUUUUCCAUCAUUGGAAGGAAAUGAAGCUCAUUGUUAAUAAAAAAGAUAUUGUUUUCCAAA